CUACUCUCCUUCCUCUGCCUUACAAGAGCGUGGCAGUUAUGGGAAGCAGGAGCAUGUUUCUACAUGUGAAAGGUCCCUCUGAUGAAUGGUUGCCCGAGUAGGGGGGAAAUUACAGGACAGAGCAUUCUUCAGUCGCUAGGGAUUGAACAGACCACUGUUUGUGUCAGUAUGAAUGGUCCCUUAAGUCCCAGGCGGGAACCAGGACCUGACCUCUCCUGUCUGCAGCUGUACAACGAGUGGCUGGCAAGUAGGCAUAAGGCCAGUCUGCUGCCCAUGAAAGAAGAUCUAGCUAUUUGGCUGAACAGAAUCCUUGGUUUGGAUAUAACAGCAGAUAAUUUAAUGGACAGGCUGGACACUGGGGUGGUCCUAUGUCAACUUGCAGAGGAGCUUCAGGAGAAGAUGAUUUUGGCUGAUAAUGGCAAGCCUUUUAUUCGCCGUGUAAUUCGCUGGCGGGCUGAUGCAACCUCUGGGUCAUUCUUUGCCCGGGACAACACAGCUAACUUUCUAUACUGGUGUUGUAAAAUUGGUGUGGCACAGUCACAUCUCUUUGAAUCUGAAGACCUAGUUCUUCAGAAGCAUCCCAGGGAUGUGUGCUUGUGUCUCAUGCAGCUAGGUAGAAUUGUUUCAAGGUAUGGAAUUGAGCCUCCAGCGCUGGUCAAGCUUGAAAGAGAAAUUGAGAAAGAAGAAGAUGAGUCUUUGUCACCAUCCUUGUUUUUUGCCUCACCUUUACCCUCUCCCUCCACUCCGCCUCUCUUCCUUCCUCCUGAUCCAGACCCCCCUCCAAUCUUAACACAAUCUCCUCCCCCACUUACAUCCAUUUCUCCUGCCACCCCAUCUGCCUCGCCAAUUCCAUCCCCUUCUUUAGACCCCUAUCCCUCUCCUCCUCUGGUCCCUACUCCUCCCCCAGAGUUAAUUUCCCUGUCUCCCACCUUCUCUGACUCAAACACCCAGUCAGAACCCCAGCCCGCUUCACCCUCCACACCAUCACCCAUCAGCACACCCUUAAAAUCCCCACCACCCACACCCACAAACUGCCUCACGAAGACCAGUAGGAAAAAGAGCACUGGUAGCCUGUUGGAUCAGAUUGUGGGGCAGAUAUCAGAGGACCCACCAUGCAAAUGUCCAGUCAAAUUCAGCAUUGAGAAGCAGCCAAAAGGCCAUUAUCGUGUUGGAGACAAAGUCCUCUAUGUCAGGAUGUUAAAUGAUAAGCAUGCCAUGGUGCGAGUUGGUGGUGGAUGGGAAACCUUUGGUACGUACUUGUUAAAGCAUGACCCGUGCAGGAUGACUGUGAUCACCCGGCCUGGAACCAAAAGCUGCAAGUCUAAUGGAAAGUCCCCGGUCAAGAGAGAGCUGUCACGGGACAAUUAUCUGGUCGUAGGUACUCACUCCCACUUUAAGAAGUAAAUCUUUAAGUUCUGAUAAGCAAGAGUAACUCAGUAACUGUGUUUCUGUUAAAUCAAGAGUAGACAGAACCAAUUUUUGUUUUUUUCUGGGAGUGAAGCUGCCCUGGUGGCUUUUUAAUCUUUUAAUUCAUUUUUCCUUUAGUGUUUUUGGUAGAGAGCAGGGAGGAAAAGGAAUAUUGACAUAUGUUCAGCAGAUUGUUCUUAAUGAUUAUGGAUAUUUUAAUAAAAAUCUCUCCUUUUAUUUACAAAAAUUAAGAAUAUUUCCACCUCUCUGUCUCUUUUUCUUAUGUGAAAUGAUAAAAGCAGGAUCUCUAAUAUCGAAUAAUUUACUGGGAAGAUUAAUUUCUUUUAUCUCUUUUUAUUUUAUUGUAACAUUUAACUCUGAUUUGUGGAUGCCAGGUGCUGGCUGUCUGAAUUUACAGAGACACAAAUGUCAGGUCUUUGAGAAUCUAUUCUACUAUAAAUGGAGUUUGAAUAUGUUCCACAAUCCUCCUCUAGGUGACACCCUGUAUCAAAUUAUGAACAUAAUAUAUUGUGUAUAUAUAUAAUUAAAAAAACCUGCCUACUCCAUAUUCUCCCCUUCAUGUGCCAGUUUCUCAGUGUUUUGUAAAGACACCAGUAAAUAAUUGCUUUAUGGACCUCACUUUGUGUACAGGGGCAUUGUAAUGCUUGAAUAGAAAACAGCCUUCCCCAAACCAUUGCCACAAAGUUUGAAGCUCAUGAUUCUCUAGAAUGUCAUUGUAUGUUGUAGGAUUAAGAUGUGUCUUCAAUGGAAUUAUUGCAAUAGUCAAACUUGGAAGUGGGUGUACACAUACUUUUGGCCAUCUAGUGUAGCUGGCAUGUACUUCACAUAGCAAGCCACAUUCAAACCAGGUGGCCCUAUUCAAAAUAUUUUGAUCUUAUUAGUUACAAGUUCAGUGACCUGUAAGAGAAACCC